AUGGGAGUACACAGAGAUGAAAUUAUUGAAAAAAGUGGAAGUGCCCUUCGGAUACUAGACAAAGAGACAGAGUAUCUUAUUGAAAGGCUGAAGAACAGUGCAGAGCAGAUUGUAACAGACAAAACUCUGAAAGAGCUGGUUCUUCUGAGAAUGCUUCUUGAAGACAACAAAGAUGCAAUAGAAAAGGAAGAGUACUACAGAAUAGAGGCAAAUUUAGAGAACAGAAAAAAGAUAAAGGAGAAUAGGGAGUACCAGAUCAUCCAGGCAAAAAAAAGCACAGGAAUUCUUAUGGAGGAAACAGCAGAUGGAAAUAUCUGUCUAAUAACACAGAAGGAAAUAGAAGAAAAGGUAGAGGCACCGUGCGGGCAUGUAUUUGACAAGAAGGGCCUGCUGUUCUUAUAUAAAAGUGUAUCAAAGAAAAAUAAGUUUCAGUGCCCGUAUGUAGGAUGCAAAAGUGACUGGCACAAGCUAAAGUAUAAACCAACAGAGUAA